AUGAGCAAAAACAAAGCUAACAAUAAUUCUAACAAAUCUACUGCACAAAUUGUGGAUAACAAAUUGGACAUGUCGAGUGUGAAACGUUAUGUACCAAAGCAAAGAUCUGCAAUGGCAGGACUUAAGGAGACAGUUCAGAAUAAUUCGGAGAAUGGAGUGGUGACAUUGGCAGGUAAUAAGUUUAAAACACCCAAGUCAGUAUUGUGUUUUAUUCCACCAGUUGAAGUUUGGGAACCAAUUCAAGAAAUUAGAAAUAAGUAUGCAAAUGUUGCAAGAUGGCCACAACCACACAUUUGUUUAUUGUACCCUUUCGUUCCGAGUGAAUUAUUUGAUGAAGCUGAAACUCUUUUGAAACCAUCUCUUUCAAAAAUCAAACCAUUUGAAGUGACUCUUUCAAAAUUUUCAUAUUUUAAUACAAUUGACCAUUUGACAACUAAAGGACAAGGAACAAUUCACUUUGAACCAGAUAAGGACAGUUAUGAGAAGAUGAAAAUUGUACAAAAAACAUGCUUUGAUUUAUUCCCAUAUUGUAAUGCCUUAACAAAGAGAGGAUCUUUCAGACCUCAUUUAAGUGUUGGAGUUUUUGACAUUGACACUCUGGAUGAAACAAUGAAACAAUUCAAGAGUGAAUGGAAGGAUUUGACAUUUACAUUGGAUCAUGUUUGUUUGAUGAGUAGAGUGGAUAAUGAAUCACCAUUUGUUAUUUCACAUAGAAUUCCAUUCGAAGGAAAAUAACUUGGUGGAAUUUCAUCAACUUUCGUUUGAUAAAUAGAUUGCCAAUUCGUUUUUGAAAAGGGUGGAAUAACAUUGUUGCUUGGCAUUUAACAUGCUACUAGUUCAUCAAUAAACUCUACUCU